GCUUGCUGCUAGGUGAAGUUGCGGACUUGGGAAUCUUACAACGAGCAGCCUUAGUUUUUCCAAACUCAUCAGCUAAAAUUUGUGAAGUCUAGAUCUAGAUCUGUGCAUCUUUUAGAUGAAGUUUCUGUUUGUUUUAUUAAUUCUUUCUGAAUUUCACUCACUUGGUUGUACGAAGCUUUGGUCUUUUCUAUCUGUAACGAUCCAGUCCAGUCCAAGGACCAUGAAAUUAUUGGCCUAGAGUUCUUGAAUAAAAAGUGAACUUUGAACCUCUCAAAGUACUGUUCAAUCAGACUGGCAUCUGAUCAUACAUUGUCCCUAGCAAAAACUGUCUAUUCCACUUCUGAUCUUCGACUAAACAAUGAUGGCUGGAAAUGGAAACUACGUUUUGAGAACAUCUAGAAUGGUCUAUGGCCUUCAUCGCUCCAUUUGGACUGGUCAGCCCCUGAAAAAGCUGGAACAAGCCAAGUUUUUCCCACCUGUCCAAACCCCAAUGCUUCCUGAGGGAACCUUCAACAACAAACUGGCUUUUAUCACUGGAGGCGCAACAGGCCUGGGAAAAGGUUUGGCGCAAAACUUGUCACAGCUGGGUGCAAAGGUCGUUAUAGCCAGCAGGAGCCUGGAGAGACUGCAGGAAACAGCUGAAGAAGUUUCUAAAGCUACAGGGAAUGAGGUGGGCCACUACAGACUUGAUGUGCGAGACCCUGAAGCUAUCAAGGAAGUCUUUGAUCAGAUGGAAUCACAGUAUGGAUUGCCAGACAUUGUAGUAAACAAUGCUGCUGGAAACUUUAUCACUCCAGCGGAGCGAUUGUCUGCAAAUGCCUUCACAACUGUCAUCAAUAUUGUCCUCAAUGGAACAGCUUAUAUCACGCUUGAUGUUGGCAAGCGCCUAAUCAAGGCUGGCAAAGGUGCGACAUUCCUGGCUGUGUCUGCUGACUAUGCUGACUCUGGUUCGGGAUUCGUUCUGCACAGCGCUUGUGCCAAGGCUGGUGUGGAGGCAUUGACUCGAUCUCUUGCUGCAGAGUGGGCGCGGUAUGGCAUGAGGUUCAACGUUAUUGCUCCAGGCCCGAUCGAGACUAAGGGAGCUUUCAGUCGAUUGGACCCUACUGGGCAGUUCAUGAGUAGGUUCAUAGGGAAAAUCCCAGUGGGUCGUAUUGGAGAAGUAGGAGAGUUUACAAAUUUGGCAUCUUAUUUGCUCAGUGACUACGCCAGCUGGGUUAAUGGCCAGAUCGUUCGUCUGAAUGGGGGUGAGUACCCGUGCUCCUCGGGCAUGUUCACUGGACUGUCAGAGGUCACUAACGAGCAGUGGGAUGCACUCCAGGCCAUGAUCAAGACAGUGAAAGGAUCAUAGUAUUUUUAAAAAGGAAAUAGCCAAGAUACAGAGGUUUCAAAAUAGAUGACUCUACCCCUUGAAGGGUUGUGCUUUGCAGCUGAAUAAGUCAUGCUUAACACUUUUCAAACUGUACAUUGUUGCAAGGAUUACUUCAAUCUAAGGCGCACUUCUAUACACAUAUAUUCAUAUAUGUGCUCAUAGUCACAGGUGCCUAUGUACACACAUAUAUGUACGUUGGUAUAUUCCAUCCUUAUCAUAAAAUUGUUCUUCAUGGGCCUUGUAAUUUCGAAAACACCGAUCUAGUUGUUAAGUGUUUUAAAGUUUUCUUGUAGCUUUCUUUCUUUGUUCAUGAGAGUUUACGUCUGCCAGCAUAAAUUGGUAUUGAUUUUUGUGGGACUAAUUAGUGUAGGGUAGUAACCUUUUAAUACGUUUUCAAUAAGUUAUUCCACAGGAAAGUAUAACUGGCUAUCAGUGCACAAGUAUUAAAGUGAACAAAUGGGUCUUUUAAAGUUUGGGGGGUUCGAACAAUGUCAGAAUGCAGAGGUAAAGAAUGAGUAGGAUGACUUGAGAAGUGGAAGACUAAGAAAAAAAAGUAAUGAAUGAAGAAGUGAACACAGCACAACCUACCUCCAAGCAAUGUCAUCUGCUCUACUUUGUAUAUUUCUUUCAUUUCUACUUUUUUUUCUCUCUUUUUUGUUGUUGAGAUUUUUCAUUACUUUAUUUUGGCUUUUUUUUUUUUUCUUUUAUUCCUGUAUUAUAGGGAAAAUUCCUUUUCAAAGCCUAUUUUUGUUACCUUAUGAACUGUAGGCAGAACUAAACAUGACAAUAGUGACAUAAUUACUCAAGCAUCGUGUUCGAAGAAUGAACUGCUAAGGAUGUUCUCAUGUCUGACGACAAAGGUGACAACAAAUCUGUGAUUGUCUUUUUACUUAUGUGUUAAAAUGGUCAAUAAAAGUGUUCAAUGUAACACUCUAGAAUUUCUUCCCAGAAGUAGUAGUGAAAUAUAAAUGCCAUUGUUGUAACUGAAUGCCUAUAGGUAAUCAUGAAAUAGUGCCUUUGUUGGGAGUAGAAACGAGACAGAGAUUUUAUGAAUGUGUUCAAUGUAAGGCACUUUUUUUUAAGCUUGUGUCUUUGGCAAUGUUCUGAGUAGAUAUAAGUUUAUGGAUGAGUCUUGUUGUAUGCGUCCUUUCGGAGUUGAGCUCCUUGAAAAACAUUUGGUUUUUUACCUAUAAAUCCGUAUAUAUAUAUAAUAUAAAAACAAUGUUUUGUCUGUAAAUAGUUUAUUACUAUCCAUGCAUCAAGUUCUUGGAGAUUAAUAAAUUGUUUUUUCUAAUUAA